AUGUAUAUUGUUGAUCUGCACUUGACACAGGUGAAGGCAUGCGGCCCGGACUCAAACCGUGAGUGCCACUGUGACAGCGGCUUUUUCUGUGUCAUCGCUGUCCAGUAUACCUGCAGGAAGUGUAAGCCGUGCUCGCCCGGAACCUUCUCUAACAAACCAAACCUAACCAUGUCCUGCAAACCCCACACAGAUUGUGGCCAUAAGGGAAUGACCAUGGUGACAGAGGGCACUGCCUCUCAGGAUCGUGUAUGUGCCCAGAGCUCCCCUAACUCUCCUACAACCACUGCGCCUCCAACUGUCCACAGCUCAGAGAUAGGCUUUCAUUCUUCUACCUCCAGUGGAGUCAGCACCAUCCGAAAAACCCUCAUCAUAGCAUCCCCAUCUGGACUGGUGGGGUCUACAUCUCCUGAUGCCUUUCCCAUAACCACAAUUUACACAUCUGCAGACCCUUCACCAGCCUUACUCACCAGGCCUUCUCUGUCCCAAGCCCAGAGCGAGCCCUCUACCUCCCCCCCAACUAGGAAACAAGUCACCGAACACAGCUCCUUUGACCCCAACACAAAGCUCACCACCAGGAGAAACCCCAGCAAGGUGGACAGUAACACCUCACCUCCAGAGUCUGCCUCUGCACCUCCUCUAGAAGACAAUGAUACUGGACCGAGCCCUCCCAAUCUCCCUUGGCUGUUGCUGAUAGGUGGGCUACUAGGUGUUGUCGUGCUGCUGGUUGGUUACUUUGUCCGUUGUAGGGAGAGGUCACUGAAGUCCAUGGACAAGUGGAAAGGUCCAGUAUUUGGUAAAAAUGAUGAGCAGAUUUGUAAGGAAGGUUUAAGAGGGAGCUAUAAUGUGUGGGAGAGCCAUCAUUGUCCUGCUGCCCUACAGACGGCUUCCUAUAUACAGGCCCAGCCACCACAGGAGAGUUACCCACACCUGGAAGCCCAGCAUCUUCUGGGGAGGGAGACUGGGGGAAAUCCUAGACAGGAUGGUGCAGGGUUGCUACCUCCAGGGGUCAUGAAGCAGGUCACAGUGGACCACUCUGGAGGAGAGAACAUUAGCAACACAGUGGGGUCCAUUUACAUCUACUCUCCGGGGACGGUUGUCCUGGGAUACAACAAGUCGGAGAGGAAGGUGGAUCAAGUGGAGAGUGGAGUAGAGGGCUGUCCCCUCACUAGAACACCCCAGCAGGAGUCCUCCUGCCCCCUCCCUGAGGGCCCUGCUCUGGGGCCAGAGAGAAUGAGUACACAGGAGGAGACCUGCAAAGAGCUGAGAUACCCCAUCCUAGCCACCAGCAACUGAGAACUAAAAAAAAAUGGAAAUGAAGGAUUAACUAUGGAAAAAGCCUGAGGAGGAGCAACUUCAUUCAAUAUCAAAUAUCAUCUCUAGGGGAAGAAUGCAGACAGAUUAUUAUUUGCUACUGUAAAGACUGUUAGACUGGAUGGCUUCCUUCUGUACAAGGAUUGCAAAAGCCACUGGGGUCCCUCAGGGGUCUUCUAUUAUGAAAGAGUGACAGUUUGUUCUAACUGUAUGUAAUUGUCUUAGCACGGUUUCAAAUUCACUGUAAGUCACUGUUGUGACAGCAGUGCUGGGACAGUAUGUGAGAGUAAUGCAUGGACUGUUUGAUAUGGGGUGUCGACACUGUGACUCGGAGUUUCCCAUGAUUGGGUACAUGUACACAAUGGCGCCAGAUCGUGUGAGAGUACGUGUAUCAACCACAGAAACAGUGAAGACAAGAAAUGCAUAUGAGGUGGGAAGUAACCUAUGUAACAAGUAGGGUUUGGCGUGUGAAGAGCUUACUAUUUCCAUUGUAAUGUAAUACAGGGACUGUCUGGACAAUUUAAACUCAAACAUAGCCAUGUUCACUGGUUAUAACCUUUGUUCUGUGAAUUUAUGAUCAAGACAUUGCUAUGUACAGUAGCCUACAGAACGAAGACAGAAGAAAGAUGAUUAUAUAACAGGCAAUAGCAAUCUGUUCCAGUCUAUUCCUUGACAUAAAUGUACACAAAUGAACAAACUAUUUCAAGUCAUCUCUUUAUGGUGAAACCACUUAUGUAGUUGACUAUGACUAUGUGCAGCCAAUCACUGUCUGUUAAUCAUGCGGACUGUACAGAACAAAUGUAAUAUUUUGUCUGUUUGACUUUUGGUUGUGUUUGACUCACGCUUGUGACGUAGGCAUGAGCUGUUUGAUUAACCGCAAUUUUUUUUAUCCUUCUGAAAUUGUAGAACUAUUUCAAGCAAGUAUUUACUGACAAAACACACCAUUUACGAUGAUUUCUGUGUUAGUAUGGAGGAAUGAAAAAUUGUCUCUUUUGUAUAGUAGUGGUGCUGAAAAUGGUGACUCAACAUUUUGUGAUUAACAUACCAAAUUUGGCACAGAUGUAGAUGUACAGUGCCUUCGAAAGGUAUUCAGACCCCUUGACUUUUUUCCACUUUUUGUUACGUUACAGCCUCACUCUGAAACAGAUGAUAUAAAACAAAAUCCUCAGCAUUCUACACACAAUACCCCAUAAUGUCAAAGCGAAAACAGGUUUUUAGACAUUUCUGCAAACGUAGGGGUUAU